AUGGUUCACUUCCCAAAGCUUCAAGCAGAUCAGCCCUCUGAUAUCAUACACCAACGCGACUCGUCUGCGAGCAGCAGUUCGUCUGGAUCUUCCAGGAAGCGUGGCAGGUGCGACUCGGACACCCAGGACCAGCGUCCGCGGGGGAAGAUGUCCAAGGCGUACGACGAUGUCGAUACCGAUUCCGAGAUGGAGGCACUCGUGUGCCCGACAAGUUGUUUACAAACCGCAGCGGGAUUGAGGUUGAAACGGGACGACAGGUAUUAUUUCGAGGACGGGAGCUGUGUUUUUCUGGUGGAGGACACUCUAUUCAACGUCCAUCGGUCAAUACUGAGCAAGGACUCCUCGAGUUUCAGCACAAUGUUCUCAUUGCCCCAAGGAAACGUCAUAGCGGAGGGGCUCUCAGACGAUAACCCGAUUGUGUUAAGUGGAGAUACGCCUGAUGAGUUUCGGCACUUCCUAUGGGCUCUAUACGCUCUACCUCCAGAACUCCUCAUAGUCACAACCCCGAGCGCGAACCUGCUACAUCUGAUCGAUAUUGCGCGAAUAUCCAACAAAUACUCCUUCAAGUCCCUUGAAACCUGGGCCCUCGAUGCCAUCCAAGAGUAUGUCAACCGCAAGCCUUCCCCCAUCCUUAGCGCUAUCCCUUCUCCUCAAUCCUAUGUCUUCAUCUCCGAUCGCGACGGGCAACCACGGACGCCCACGCAAGAGGAGACAGCCCAUCUGCUCACAUGCCUCAUCCGCCUUGCUCAGAUGUGCCAACACGAGCGUCUGCUCAACACGAUGAUAACGUUGUUGAGGCAGCUCAUGGUAUCGUCCGUGCAGUACGCAUACCUAGCGAUGACGCUCGCGGACGAGUUGGACCUGCGUGUGCUGAAAGGGGCUGCGUACCUGGAGGUCAUGCAUAAGGCGGUGGUGGUUCGGAAACUACGCGUGGAUGUGCUGAAGCCGCCCGCACCGACUAAUGCAAGCUCUUCGAAUCUUGUCCACGGGGACUCAAGUUCCACUGCAAGUGAUUCAUCCGGAGAAGAAGGCUCACUAGACGAGUCCGGCCGCCUCAUCAUCACGCGGGCACAGCAAUUACGCCUCCUUGCGGGGUAUUACCGCCUCACUUCGACGUGGGAUAAGCUCAGAACACCGCCGCCGUUCGAGCACUCACAUUCUUGUUCUGCAACCUGGCACCAGCAAGGUUGCACCCAGUCGUGGUUGGAGUUCUGGAAAGAGAAGACGAGGAGCGACGCGGUUAUGGGCCUCGGAUUGGCGGAUGUGUUGGGCAGGCUGAGGUUGGUUCAGAAAGAGUACGAUAGAUGGGGAAGCGCAACGUAUAUGCACCACGAUUGUCGCAUGAAUGCGAAAAAGGCGAUUGGAGAGGUCAUUAGGAGGGUGGAAGAUGCUCUGCCCGAUUACUUUGCUGAGCCUGGUGGGUUUGAGGACGAGUGA